AUGAGCGAGAUUCAUGGAGACGGCGGCCCUCUGCCGCCCAUCCCGGAUGACCUCUUGAUCUCGCAGUUCAUCUUGGACCGACACCACCCGUCUGCGCCAAUGUGGGCGCACAAGAUGCGCCCAUGGCUCAUUGAAGAGGCCUCCGGACGGCAGAUAGGGUCCGACGAGCUGCGCGGACGGAUGCAUGGGCUUACGAACGCCUUGAGGAUCCGGUGGAAUAUAGGCAUGUCACGCUGUGCUUUUGAAGUGUGCAUAUUCACUCACAAUCACGUUGAUUUUCCUGUGGUGCUUUGGUAUGUUUCCAGAUGCGACAAUAGUAUGGUCGCCGAAUUCAUGAACGCCAACCCGUCUUACACUGCCGAAGAGCUGACUUACCAACUUCAAGUGAUCAAGGCACAGCUGCUCAUUGCGCAUCCUUCAAUGCUGCAGAUAGCACUGGACGCUGCCCGCGCCGCGGGCAUCCCUCAGGAUCGUAUCGUUUUGAUGGAACCUGUUGAAGGUUCCCCAUAUCCAAACGUAGACGAGCUCGUCAGGUUUGGGCUCACGCAGCCGAAGCAGGUCGCACAGCUCCGGCUCAAACCUGGGGAAGCUAAGACAAAGCUGGCCCUGCUGUCCUUUUCGAGCGGAACCACCGGGCUACCGAAGGCGAUCAUGAUCUCUCACUACAGCCUUAUUUCCAAUGUUAUCAUGCACGCGCACCACAUAAAUGCGAACAAUGAGAACAUACCCUUAGAAGAGAGGUUUUACCGGCCUGGGGGAAUCACAUAUGCUAUACUACCUUGGUACCAUGCAUUCGGCAUACAUUUCGUGCUCUUUUUGCAACUCUUCCUCGGAAACACUAUCGUCGUGGCACCAAAAUUCUCGCUACAGCAGAUGCUUGAGAGCAUCCAGAGAUACCGUAUCACGCAUCUUGCAUUGGUUCCACCACAGGUUGUCCUCAUGUGCAAGAGCCCUGUUAUCAAGGACUACGACCUCUCAUCCGUGUACUUUCUCAUCGCCGGGGCUGCCCCAAUGAGCGCAGAGAUCACCGAGCAAAUCGUCCGCAUCCUGCCUAACAGUAUCAUCGGACAGGGAUACGGCCUCACGGAGUCUGCGACGGGCAUGUCCUUCCCCGCGCAUGGGCAAAGAGUAGGCACGCUCGGCGCCGCGGGAACGCUCCUCCCGGGAGUCAUCGCGCGCGUCGUGAAGCCGGACGGCACCCUCGCAGGCUUCGACGAGCUCGGCGAGCUGUACAUCAAGGCGCCUUCGAUCGCGCACGGGUACCUCAACAACCCCACCGCGACGGCGGACACGUUCGUCGACGGCUUCCUGCGCACGGGGGACGAGGUGCGGAUCAGCGCGCGCAAGGAGCUCUUCGUCGUCGACCGGAUCAAGGAGCUCAUCAAGGUGCGCGGCGCGCAGGUCGCGCCGUCCGAGCUCGAGGGCCACCUCCUGCGGCACGCGGCGGUGCGCGACGUGUGCGUCGUGCCCGUCCCGGACGAGUACUCGGGCGAGCUCCCGGUCGCGUUCGUCGCGCUCCACCCGGACGCGCACGCGCGCGCGGAGCGCGACCCGGGCGCGAAGGCGCGGGCGAAGGCGGAGCUGAUGGAGCACGUGGCGAAGCACAAGACGCGGUACAAGUGGCUCGCGGGGGUUGAGUUCAUCGAGACGAUCCCGAAGAACCCGAGCGGGAAGCUCCUGCGGCGCGUGCUGCGCGAGCAGGCGAGGGAUAUGCUGGCCAAGGGGACGCUCACUGUGCAAACCAGUGCGCGGAGAGCCAAGUUAUAG